AUGGUACUAUUAAAUAGUCAUACAUGCGAUGGGGGUAAUCGGACACUACUUUGGUCACAAUUUUGUGAUGGUAUUAUUGAUUGUCAUGAUCGUUCCGAUGAAGAAGGACAUUUUUGUAAACUUUGUAUUAAUAAUCUCUAUUCAUGCUCAUCCAAAGAUGAAAUACGCUGUGAUUUAGCUUGUAAAAUGCUUCAUUAUGUACCUUGUCAAACUAUACAAGAUCGUCGAGCCUGUAAUAAUAUUUAUAAAUCUUAUAACAAUAAUUCAUUCUUUCAAUUAUUUGAAGAAUUCAAAAUCUAUAUCGUUAUUACUGUUGUUACUCUUCUUGUUUUAAUUAGUAUUAGUAUAUUUAUAAAAUAUUUUAUUCAACAACGUAAAGCCAAGUGUGUAAUGAAAUCAACAACUUUUUGCAAUGUAUCAAGCAAACCCAUCGAAUGCGAUACAUUAUCCAGUCAUAUUUAUGAACAAUGUUAUGAAUCACCAAACUAUGAAACUAAACAAAAAUAUCCAUGGACGAAGACAUAUUAUGAACAUGUGGUUUGA